CGUAGUUUCUAAUUCCUGUCGUUUCCCUGUAGGAGCAGCCUGCACUUCCACAGAGCCACCAGCAGGGGGCAGCUCCGCACGUUCUCUCCACACUUUCACUUUAGUUUCUCUGUAAACUGAAGGCUGACUUUGCCGCUGAAACGUCCUGAAACGGGAGUUUAGGGGAGAAAACAAACAGGAAGUGGUUUCGUGAAGUAAUUAUUAAUCUACCGAGGGUCAGUGAAGGCGUUAUAGUUCAGGGAGUGUUCACCUCCGCUGUUUUUUCUCCUCUUUUGCUUUCACUUCUCUUCGAGCUGGGUCUCUCAUCAAACGAUGGAAGACAAAGUAGAAAUCCCUCUUCAAGAAUUUCCAUUUGUUCAGCGUUAUACAAAGGAGCUGAGUGAUAUCAUUUACACCAAGUUUGGUUGUUUGGUCCUCUUUGAAGGAGUGGACGGUGAUUUCAGCAGUACGAAGCACAGAAGGGCUCCACUUAAACCAGAGAAAAGGUUUGAGCAAACGCUGCGUUCUGGCGUGAAGGUUUCAGUUUGGAAGGCGGAUCUCAGCUGUUUUAAAGAAGCUGACGCUGUUGUUAAUGCUGCCAACACCUCUCUCAGUCACGGAGGAGGUCUCGCUCAAGCUUUGUCUGAUGCAGGUGGUCCUAAAAUCCAACAAGAGAGUCGAGAUCAUAUAGACAAAUACGGUCCCUUGAAAACAGGAGAUGCAGUUGUUAUGAGUGCUGGGUUAUUACCAUGUAAGAAGAUAAUUCACGCUGUGGGUCCUGAUCUGCCAAUAAAACCUUCUACAUAUCAGGUAGACAAAGCUAAACCAUAUUUAAAAAAAGCCAUCGAGAACAUCCUUAAAAAAGUGGCAGAAGAACAUCUGUCCUCUGUUGCCAUACCUGCAAUAAGCUCUGGGUUAUUCAACUACCCGCUGUCAGAUUGUGCACAGACCAUAGUGUCAACUGUGAAAGAUUAUUAUGAUAAUCAAUCCCAUGGAAAACAUCGGCCCAAAGAGGUUUUCUUUGUCAACAACGAUGAGCCCACAGUCAGCGAAAUGGAGCAUGCUUGUCGGAAAAUACCGUGGUCUGGACCGCCCUCAUACAGCCAGGCGGCUGCACACAACACCAGAAGUGCAACCAAAGGCUCAGAUACAACCGUCCAGAUCGGACAAGUCACUCUGACUCUGAAGAUGGACUUGAUUCAAGAUCAGCGAACAGACGUCAUUGUGAACACUGCAUCUGAAAAACGUGAACUAUCAAUUGGGGCUGUUUCAAAAGCUUUGCUGAACAAAGCAGGGGAUGAAAUGCAGAAAGAAAUAAAAUGGGCCAACAAGAACAAGCACAUUGUGUCUACAAAAGCCUACAAACUGAAGUGCAGAGAAGUCUAUCACACAUUUUGUGUUGAAAAGUCAAGAACAGACUCCCAGCAGAUCUUUUAUGAGUCUAUAACAGAAUGUUUAUGGACAGCAGCAUCGUCACGUUACGAAUCAAUCUCCUUUCCUGCUAUUGGAACAGGAAACCUGGGAUUCUCUGAAAGUGAAGCUGCCAGCAUCAUGCUUAAUGCUGUGACUCAGUUUGCUCCAUACUGUCCAAAGUCCUUGGCAGUUUACUUUGUCAUUUAUCCUUCUGACCACAAAGUCUUCCAGGCUUUUAAGGAUCAAAUGAAAAACACCCAGCAGCAAUCCCCCAAACCCAACUAUGAACAUGCAGUUCAGAGCAGAAAUUUCUCCCCGAGCAGAAGAGAGCCACGAAUCAUCCUGCAAGGUCCUUCCAGAGAGUCCGUACGCGAAGCUGAGAAGUGGCUGAAGGACUUGUUCUACUCCUCUAAGAAAAUAAUAAUCUACAACAACUUUAUCCUGCAUUUUGGCAAUAAAGACUUCAAUCUCCUGUCCCGUUGGAACAAGGAUGGAGUUUCCAUCGAAGAGAUUCUCUCUCAAGGCCACGCAUGCAUUGUAAUAAACAGCAAGUCCGAGGAAAAUCUGUUCAGCACGGUUGUGAAUGUGGAGGCGUUGCUCUGCCAAGUCCAGAAUGAUUUUGUCUCUGAAGAAGAACGGGAAUUGGAGCUUCAUUCAUGUUCAAAAGGACACAGCAGAAGACAGCAAGUUGAUCACGGAUCCAAAGAGUUUUCCGAACGUUAUUCUGCUUUCAGAGACCAGCCGCUCCGAGUCGUGAAGGUGGAACGAGUGGAGAAUCGCGCUCUGGAAGUGAUGUUCAAUAUGAAGAAGGACCAGAUGUCCCUCUCCACCUCCCAAACAAUGUUUCAGUGCAUCUCUGCCCAGUUCUGUGACAUGAUCUGCAAGAUUGGCUUCCAUGCAGAGUGUGCUCCUCCUGAAGACACUUUCUACGGAGAGGGGAUCUACUUUACCAACAGUAUACAGGAGGCUCUGGACUUGUGGAAGUCCAGAAUGGAAGAGUACGUGUACUUUGUGGAAGCACAAGUGCUGACGGGAAAGCCCACAAAGGGGAAACAGGGCAUGAUUCUGCCUCCGCCUGUGGGGACGGACUCGGACAAGUUGUACGACAGCGUGUACGGAGGUUCUGGUACCGCCGUCAUUUUCAGUGGUUAUCAGGCCCUGCCCAAGUACAUCAUCACCUGCAAGAGAUCUGGAAACUUUUCAAGCAGAUUCUAGUGUUUCCUCAUGUCGUCUUAAUCUUCUUGUUAAAACUUUUUUCCAUAUGUAUCCUGAUCAAUCAUAAGUGGAGAUUUAAAGUUCAUUGGUUGAUGUUGAAACUGUGCUUAAAAUAUAUAAGGAGCAGUGAUUUAUCUGGGGAUUUUCUGUACACUAACAUAAUUAAAGAGGACAUAUUACACAAUGUAUAACAAUCAUCAAAAAUAUGGAUUUAUAUAUGGGUUGUUUUCAUUUAAAGCAAGAAUGAACAUUAAAGGCUGUGUGCCUGCGUGAUUUUCAAUAAUGUACAUAAUUGAUUAUAAACAAUAAAGCAGAAUAUGAAAAAGAAA